AUUGCACCUACAGAGAAUCGGGCAAAAAAGGUGCUCCGUAUAUAAAAGGCAACAAAGACUUUGUUGUUGUCGUUAAAUUGGGACGGCCGGGCACAAAGACACUUGGAUCCAGUCCUGACGCAUGGCUUGCACUGAAGAUCUUGUGCAGUUUUUAACACCGAAGGAGGCUGGCAGUAUUCUCAAGAUUGAAGAUUACAGGUAGGUAAGGUAUUCCUGGAGAGAUGAUCCUAGAAAGACGAGUAUAAAUCAGCUAACGUUGGAACAAGCGCGCGCGAUUUUGUUAGCGCCAUUUGGUGAUGAAGAUUGUGUGCUCGGAGAAUCUGUGAUCAGUCAGAGAAAUAGAUCAACUCAACAUAUAAAUAUAGCAAAAUCACCUGGAUUAUCAAACCUAGUAUCGUAUUCAACUUCUUACUUUAAUAAGAUUUCCCCUAGCCACAAUCUACAUGUACGAAAUGCGAAAAUUCAUGAAGUCAGAACUUAACCUCUUGUGGACCGACAAUGUGCAGAACCUUCUCUUCUUUCGUGAUACCCUCAUAUCUGCGUGACAGUUCUCAUGGAUACGUUGUCAUUUUUAAGUUAGCUGUCAAUAAUAUCAUCAACGAAAACGUUGCCCCUUUCACCGGGGUGUUAUGUACUUGAAUUUCUAUUUGGCUAAGAAUCUAAUCUACUACCAUUCCUUCGUUUGAAGCCUUGCCUCGCGGAGCGUGCGAUGAUCAGCUGGAUGCUUACCUUGUCUCCUGUGAAGAAGGACGUAGCCACCCGUGUGAAUGUGGGAGAUUUCACCUUGAAUUCCUUGGAUGCGUUUGUUAUUGGUAGAUUUGCAAGGUAGGUCAUCUAUAAAUUCUUUUGUUUUGCUGUCUUUGUUAGUGGAACGUUUGAUCAUGAAUGUUUUGCUUGGAGUACUCGAAAAAGUGAGAUUAUUCAGGAAGCAGAAGUAUAUGAAAUACCGAAGAACAAUUAGUUAAAUAGUUGUGGUAUUCGGGAUUGAUUGUUUCGUUUCGCAUGUCUGUAAAAUGUGUUUAAUUGUAAUUAAAACAAAUCGGCCAUCAAAUUCCUUUUUUUGAACAUGUGCUGGUUUAUAGGCAGAGUUGUGAGCUGUUUGGAAUCAUUCAAAUUCGUUUUUGACAAAGGUUAACUCUGUAAUAACCUCAAAUUGUUGUAGAAACUUAAAACUAAUUUUCCACUUCGUUCUAAAAUUGAAUUUUAGGGAACUCUUUAUUAAACAAAUCAUGAACACCAAUAUUUCUCACAAGCCAACAUUUUGAUCCAAGCGCCUGAUUCGAAUUUUCUGACCCUGUUUAAUGUCUAAAAUGCCCCUUAUUUGGUUAUGAUAGUUUACAGUAAAUGUUUUAAAGGAGGGAAUCCCCCUUCAAAAUGUUUUCAUGAUCAAGUAAAGGUCUUGGAUAGUGUGAAUGAACUUUUAGAGGCUUCUUAAUAAACUCAUCUCUUUCUUAUGUUAUUUACAUUGCUUGGCUGCAGAUCUAGGAUUUUUUUUAAAGGGGUUUUAAUAAAGAGGUCCUUAAAGGUGAAUUAUCCAGGGGGGUUCAGGUACAUCUUGCCUCAGAUCAGAACGUUCUGAAAUUUUAGACCUCUGGAAUGUGGUUUCUAGGGGGCGAAGAGAGAGUUUUAAUUGCUGAAAGUUAGCUGUGGCCUAAUCCCAUUAUCGACCCCUGGAUCUACCUCAUUUAUUUUAAUGUUUCUGCUGCAUUCUCAUGGGUCCCGUAUAUAACAUCAUUACUUCAGUUAAAUUGUACUUCCAUGCAAUUUAGAAAUGUUUUUUGUGAUUGUCAUUUGAAGUUCUAUUGUUGUCUGCCAAUCAUAGCUGCAAAUUUGGAGUUAAGCUAUGGCUCAAGCAGUAUGUUGUAAAUGUUUGAGUUUGCCUUUGCUCUAGAUAAAUAUACUGUGGUUAUAAAAAAAAAUUUACAGCACAAUACGAUAUUACUAAAUUUGAUACAUAAGCAGUUUGCCUUAAGAAUAUUUGUUGGCUUCACAAUAGAGCUUGUAAGUAUAAUGUAAGUGUACUUGGAACCUACUUUGAGUGUGAAGGGGUAAAAGGGGUACCUAGUUCAAUCAUGGAAAUGAUCUUACAGUGAAACCCUGCCUUAUGGCCACCUUGGUAAUACGGUUACCUCUUUUUUAAGGCCACUUUUUUUUGGCUGCCUGGCAAAAACCGCCAUACAUUUUCUUGUAAAAAAAAACCUCGUUAAUAAGGCCAAAUUUUUUUGGUCCAUUGGUGAUUGUAUCAAUGGGGUUCCACUGUAGUUCAAAGAAGCGUAAGUUCUCUGCCAAGUAUGGCCUACACCACACUUGAGAACACACCUGGGCCCGGUUCCUCGAAGUAUGAUUAAGUUUAACCCAGGAUUAAACCAAAUUUUAAGCAAGGUUUUCUUUUCUAAGAAUAGUCAUGUAACUCAAACGUUCAAAAUACUGUUAAGCUUUUACUCUGAAAUACAGUUAUGAUAACACAAAUUGUUACUCUGAGCAAUGCAUAGGAAGGUAAAUACAAAAAGUGCAAAAAAAAUUAAUCCUGGAUUAGCGCUAAUCGGCCAUUCAGGAAUCGGGCCCUGACCAAUAAGAAGUGGAAGCUACGUGCACGAUGUGCACCGCAGCAGUUGCAAGAUUUUAAUGAAUGGACAGAAAAACAUUCAACAGUGGAUCCAUGUCUUGGCUAGCUAAGAGCACUGCGGAAGAGGCCCAGCCCAAGCCCUAUGAUGAUUUCUUUGCCGAAAAACGUGAUGUUGAGCCAUUCUAAAGAAAUACAUAAAAAGACGUUGCCUGUGUUUUUUUUCUGCAUCACUGCUAAAAAAAAGAGUAUGUAAGCAUGUCUUUUAGGGUCAAAACCCUUUGAGUUCAAAGAGACAAAAAAAUAAAUACGAAAAUGACGACAAAAAAGUCUUUUCCAGGGCCCAGGCCUGUAGCUUCAGUGGUAGUAUUUUACCAUGAUAGAAGAUUGACAGCUUGUGCCAUAGUUAAUGGAGUGGAAUGGCUAUGAAACCCAUCGGCUCCUUUGUUAUAUGUUUUUGUGGACCUGAAGGUGGACAAUAUUCAAUAGCAUUCCAAGCAUUUUGAUCGUAUCGACCAAUAAAACGUCACAUUAACUUAUUCCGUCACAAUUUGCCAAAAGAAAACAAGGGAUCGUGCACCUUCAGCGAGCUUCAAACAUAAACUGCUUUACCAUUGUUUAUAUAAUAAAUUGAUGUUCGCCGGUUUUCAUAACCAGUCUCCUCUAAUAACUAUGCUUGUCCUUUAAGUAAUAUACUUUGUCAACCAGUGUGAAGCCAUGUUUUCUACAGAGCGACUUAAGAUUUCCAAGUGCACUUGAAUCAAGUGUUUACUUGAAAUUAACUUUGUUUCUAAUGUGAAUUAAGCCAACAAUUGUUAAUGCCUUAUAUGAGUUUAAUUUCACAUAAGUGAAGGUGUUAACAAUACAAUACUGUCAACUCUCGAUAACUCGAACCUUCUGGGGAAAUUGAAAAAGGUCCGAAUUAGUGGGAGUUGGAGUUAACGGGAGUUUGAAGCAAAUAACUGGAAAAAAGAAAAUGGGAUGAGGAAUGAAUGCAAGUAACAUGCACACUUCAAAACUUGAUGAAUGCACAGUGCUGGCCAUGGACACUUGACUGACAAAAAAAUAAUACAUGGUUGUUAAAAUAAUUUCAAUGUUUUGGACUGCAGUACACUUUUUUCAACUUGUCAGGUGCUUAAAGCGUGGUUCAAGUUAUCGAGGGUAAAUUUAUUGCCAACGAGCCAUCCGAGCGAAGACGCUCGGAUGGCGAGGCGGCAGCAGAAUAGAGCCGCGCAAGACUGGGCAAUAGGCAGAAAAUUUCUCGAUCGAGCUGAAAAAAGUGUAACCUAAUGUAAUGUAGAUUCCCCUGAGACCAAGUGGUCAAUUGUGAACCAAUCAAAAGGCAGUACCUGGCGCAUGGGCUCAAGUUGAAUAACAAACAAAAUUUCACACACUUUCCGCCAUCGCGACUUCCUGUGUUUAUUUACCUAAAUUUUUUCGUCAAACCCGGCCACCGCAGUCAAGAGACAUGAGCACUUGAUAUAUUCUAUUAAUUUUAGGGGCCAUAAUGUUAAGUUUUAACGAAGAGAAGUUUGUAAAACAGCAAAAGUGUUCUAUGUGCAGCAAGCAAUAUUCUCACCAUUAAAAAGGAUCAGAUUACACGAGGAGAUAAGGAAAGCUUGACACGAAGAAUGCAGUCGCUUCUUUUGGAAAAUCUGGUGUUGGGGAAAAAAUCUAACCAGCAAACAAAAACAAUGAGAACAAAAACGAAUUACAAGCCUACAGCGAACGACAAAGGAAAAGAAAACAACGCCAUUUUUUUCGAAAUGUGGCCGAGUUCAGUAUAAAAAUAAUGAACUAAAAUUAAAUACCAACGUGCCAUACAUCGCAUGUCCUUGGAAACAUUUCAGAUGGCCCAGCGAAUCAUAAAAAGCCUCGGGAAAUUUGAAAGGAGGUUUAACUGAUUAAACUGUGCAAUCAACAAUGUGAAACCGAACCGACAGUAGAUUUGUAGCUGGACUUAAUAAUAUUCCCGAUCGCUUCCUCAGCAAAGCUGACUUUAUUCUUUCAAGGCACUUCACACUUUUACAUAGCAGGUUUGUAAAGCCACCAGACUGAAUCUGAGAACUUUUCAAGAAAAUAAUCCUUGCAACAGGAAGGGACCAAGAAACGGUCAAAUGGGAAAAAAAAAGGAAUUUUAUUCCGAAUUUUAUUCCUAAGCAAUUACUCAUGAUUUGCUCGUUGGCACUCUAUCGAUAGGUAUACCUAGUAUAGAAAUGAUCUGAGGGACGGAAACAAAAAUUACUUCAAGUUAGAGGGAGGUUCGAAUUAUCGAGGGUUUGAGUUACCAAGGUUAAAUUAUAGUAAAUGUAUGAAGAAAAUCCAGGGGAAGUAGAUUUUGGUUCAAGUUAGUGGAAGGUUCGAGUUAUCAUGGGGAGUCAACUGUAAUUACAUCAGUAAUGUGUUUCAAAUGCACUAAUUUUGUCCAUUUGCAAUAAUUUUGUGGUGUUUAUUACUGUACUGGUUUCUUGCAGAUGUUUCUUAGUUUUUCUUCUCAUAACCUCUGUAUCUGCUGAUAGACAUCACAAGAGAAAUGCUAGUAAAUCAUCUUUGUUAACUCAAUCAGGUUAGAAAAAAUGUUGUCUUCAAUUCCUUUAUUAAUGUGAAACUCACAAAAUUGUGAACAACAAAUAUUUCUAGAAUUUCCGUCAUCGUUCUCAUGGUUGCUUGCACUCACUAGUUGUGUUACCACACUAAAAAACUCUUGAUAUGUAACAAUUUUGUUGACAAAAAGAAGACUUGAUAGAAAAAGCGUGACAAAAGAGACAUUUGUAGGUACCGAUAGAGAGGCUCAAAGAUAUGUACUCAUUGCGGGCUGUGUAUAAAAGUGGGACGGGGACAAGGGGACGGGGACAUCGGGACGCAUGUGUGGGGACUUGGGACUUGGGGACGCGCGACGAGGGACUUGAGGACAUCAAGUAUGGGAUGCGGGGAUGUGUGGGACGCGGACGUGGGGGACGUGGGAUGUGAAUAAUUAUUGCAAAAGUCGGAGGUAAAUGUGAUAUCUCUUUCUUUGUGAAAAUGUGUUAUUUAUGGUCAACAUUAGAUUCCAUCUUCCAAAACCACAUUGGACACCUUAUGAUGUUUACACAAAAUACGUCUCUUUAUAACAGGAGUAAGUCCACUGACUAUCAUGAUUGGGGGGUUCGGGUUGAUUUCCACUGUCGCAUAAUUUUACCAUGCGUACGUGUGUAAAAUUUACGUUCACAAAUAAAAUAGAGGCAAUGUAUGAAAGGUCGUACGUAAGCGUAAAAGUAGAAUCUCGGUCAACUUCACGUUUAAUUUCAACAAUUUAUAUCUUGCCCCUAUCUUAUUUACGUGAUUAAAAUUUACUUGCGUUAACGUGCUUAGCCAAAAACGGUUCAGUGGAAAUCAACCUUUAAGUACUGUUAGCAAGUAUUUACUGUUAGGUUUGCCACUAAAAAUAUAUGGAGAACAAAAUAAAUAUCGCUUCAUAGAUAUUGCCCCCAUGGUUUAGUGGUACAGGCGAUGGAUUUCGGAGCUAGCACUUCGGUGUUUGAAGCUCGUUUAUGCCACUUAAUUUUUAUUUAUUUGGAAUCUAAUGCUGUUAUUCUACAUAAAUUUUGGCGACCGCAACCCACCCUACCCUGCUUUGGGCUCCAAUAUUCCAUCAGAAAGAAGACGAGGACAACGGUUUCACUUUCUUCAAUGCAGGGGUCUUCGCUGAGUCUUUGCUUCGUAAACAGGCAUGGAAGAACCCUAAGGAGGGCAGGGUGGGUUGCCUCCACCAAAACAUAUUUGCGAGGAAAGUGACUGAUAGUGAUAUCGCAUUUACCUCCGACUUUUGCAAUAAUUAUUCACAUCCCGCAUCCCCUGCAUCCCGGCUUUUGACAUCCCCGCGUCCCUGUCCCACACGUCCCUGCGUCCCAUACUUGAUGUUCUCAAGUCCCUCGUCUCGCGUCCCCAAGUCCCAAGUCACCACACAUGCGUCCCGAUGUUCUCGUCCCCUUGUCCGCGUCCCACUUUUAUACACAGCCCUCAUUGCACUACUAACCAUGCUAUGAACUUUGUAACAAAAAAAUGUGGGCAAAUUGAUGGCUAAAUUCCUGACUUUGGGCAUAUUAACCCCUGAAUUCCUGGCACAAGCCUUUUGUCAUUUAGCGUUCACUAAUUUCAUACUUACCAGACAUUGAAACCCCUUGUUUUUUUAUAUGUAUUUUGCACCUGCUCAUCUCGGAAUACUAAAACAUUUUGUGUUGUUUGUUUGUUUGUUUAGAUACACUUGGAUUAAAUGCUUCAGAUACGCAAACAUUAGACAACAUUACCAGUGGAAAUCCAACCAAUAAUGUACAUUACAAGGAAGAGACUAGCACUUCAGUGCCACUUUUAUCAGACAGAGACUAUUUAUUAACAAGAAGCCCUUCUCAAUAUGCUUUACUUUUUAACCUCAGACAAAAAUUAGACAGUAGCAGAUUUUAUGUACAUGUGAAUGCUGUCCAAGGAAGUUUAUCUGAAAGUUUAUUUGUUAUUAUAGUUCAAAAUAGGACAACUUUGUUUUACAGUAAUAAUUCUAUAUUUGGCCUGUUUAAAUUAGCAAGUGUAUCGUCAUGGCAAAAAUUAGUAGUAAGCUUUGAUCACAGAGAAAUAUCAUUAACCCAGGAGUGUGCAGAAUUCAGUUACUUACCUCUGCCAAGCAAACCUAAAUUGGAAGAAUGGGAGAAGAUUAUGGUUACAGCUCAAAUGGAUAACUCUGAAGACAGUAUACAGGCAAGUAUAAGGGUAGUUUCUGUGACACUACUUUUUUGUUUUGUUUAUAACCAUCAUAAAAAGUUUUGAUGAAUGUUCUGAUCUUGUUAGACAGACUUAAUUGUCACACAAACAGGAAAAAUAUUCAUCAAAAAUGGGCAGACAAUGAAUGCAUUCCCAAAACCAAAAACCUGUAAAUUAGUACUGCCAAGAUGUAAUGUGUAGUUUCAAAAUUGUGCCACAUUCCAUUAGACAGGGUGAAUUGCGAUAUUUAAACUUCAUCAGCUACACUGGUUAGCUUGAACUAAUUAAGUUUAAGAUCCUCUCUUUUGAUGUAAGUGAUCCCUUCCUUAUUUCAAUUAGGAGAACAUUUGUGAACUGUUGCUGGUAGAAUAUGAACAGAACAUUAUUCGAGAAUUCUGUCACACUCCUUUAUCCAGUAAUUGCUCCAGCAGUGGAAAUUUCAGUGCCAAACAGAUACAGGUAACAAUGUUUCUUCCAAUAAUGUGAGCCAUUUUCACGGAGACUGCAACUACCAGAAUCCAUUUUAUGUUUGCUUUCUUGUUGAAAUUUUGUAUUAUUAUCUGUUAUGAUAGCAACAGCUCUAAGAAGAAAUGGAAAGCCAUGGUAGUUUUAGUCACUUUUGGAAAAUUGCUUUUUAUUUCAUUUUUUUGCUGUUAAUUACUGUUAGUUCACACUUAAUUGAACUAACUGGAUUAGUUACUGAAGGGUCUGGGAUAGAAUUAAAUUUUGAGCUUGGAAUUAUGGCCCAUUUUUAUUAGCCUGACUAUGACAAAGCUGCCCAAUCAGGAAAAAAAUGCUUUGUUGUUGGGAUUGCAAAAAGACAAAAUGGGGGAUGGAUCUCUCAGAAAGAGAAGAGUGUAUUAAAAAAGUCUUGAGCAUCAAAACGGUAACAACAGAUCCUUCCACUAUUCAACCAAUUUGCAAUAUAACACAUUUAGUGUUAAGGUCUCUGAAGCCUUUGAUGUCUUUAUUUUAUGAAACUCAGUUAGAAGCUUUUACCUUUUCUAGAGAUGACAUCAGUGAGUGAGAGUUCUUUGAGUGUUGUUGAUUUAACAGUUAAAAUGAAAUCACCAACUCAUUACCCUAAUACUUUGAACUGGAUCCAUUGAGGGCCAAUUUCAGUGGCUGGUAAUUUUUCAAAAAGUCUGAUGUUAUCUAGUUUGCACCAUUAACACAUAAUUUAAGUUUAAGUGCUAUUCGUGCUUACGUAAACAAGUAUGCUCAUUCAUGAAGCCCAGAAUCAAAAGCUGAAAAUAUAAACAUGCAUUCAAAGCAUUAUGUCAAUCUCUGUAAUGUUUUUGAUAGGAAACUAACAUGAAUACAGAAGCAGAAUCAGGCCAAGGUUUUGUAAGUAUGCUAUUAUCUACAGGAGAUACACUUUCUCCUGGAGAAAUUAGUUACAGUGUAGUGCACCUCUGACAGACUUUUUUGUAUGAUGGUCCAUUUUUUAAAGUUUAUAAUAAACUUCAGUUUUACGAAGACCAGCGAUUUUCAUGAUUUCAUGAUUUCAUAGACAAGUAGGGGAAACAUUUGAAUAUUAACUUACAUUUUGUUCAUACAGUUUGGCUAGAUGUGGUAUUACAUUACGGAAGGUUUAUUUGUGAUUUGCAGAUGAUGUAACUUGAACCCUCAGCCUUAUCCUAACACCUUUGUUUGCAACCCCACCUGCACCUGCAAAUUAAGCCUAGCACCUGACAUUUUUUAUUGCUUCUCCUUUCAAGUGAACUAUACCUUUCUUCCUUAUCAAAAAGAUUAACAGAUGAUUUUUCCAAAAAGUUUUUACAACCAUCUUUUUUUCCCUUGUUGGAAAAUAUUGCACAACAGGAAGCCAGAGGGAAACAUUUGGCAACCUGCUGGGAAUUGAAUAAAUAUUCAUUCUGAGUUUGCUAUGAGCCCAUGCUCUGUUUGUCAGUCAUAAUCUACGUAUCUGCCAACUCUCCCGCAUUAUCUAGGAGUCUCCCAGUUAGAGCACAAAUCUCCUGGUCUCCCAUACCAGUUACCAAAUCUUCAGAGUGCAUGUAUUAUUACUGACAAGACUUUUUUAUUUUCAUCAAAAAAGGGAAUUUGUAAUUCAUGUAACACUUUGUAUAAUGUCCUGAACCACUCCCAUAGUAUAAUUUUGGACUUGGUGGACUUUUGUUUAUAAGAGGGUGGAGGGGUGGUUGAUAUUGGGGGCUUUGUGAAAGAGACGGUGUCCACAUUUAGGUAUAUAAGUGAUGAUUUCAGUAUAUUCUUCAAAGUUCAGUAGUAAAAUAUCAAAAUUAAACCCAGUUUAAGGCCCCUUAUUUAUUUUUCACUAGUUAAGGUACUUCAUUUCAAAUUGAUAUCUAUUACCUUUCCUAUUGUAGGUUGCCAUGCCAGCUCCUUCUGGAGUAAAGGUAAAAAAUCAGGGGCACACAUCGAAAAUAUAGUUCAAAAUCACCUAAACAUAGCAUUGUUUAAUGUAUUUUAGUAUUUAAAUGGUAGCUGAAUCAGAUAUAGGCAUAUUUUUAUCCCCUCAAAAUCUUUCAUCUGCUUUUGGAUUUCUUAGCUGAAAGUGUAGUGAUCCAAAAAUUUUAGGGAUCAAAACUUACCUUUUCAAAAAUUUCCGCCAGAAAAACGGCUCCCGAAAAUUCUAGGUGACCUUUUUAGGGAAAAAAUUCCAUUAAAAAUGGGCAAUUAUACCGUAUUUUAGAUGUUUGAAAAUCCUAGGAGAGGCAGGCAAGCAAGAAAUUUUACAACAAAUGUUCCGAAAAUUCUAGUUCUCAAAUCGUCUUCGAACAGAUAUUUUCCAAAAAUUGACAUUGGGUACCCCUGAGAAAUACAUUCUCAUCUAACCUCCAUGCUUGACUGGUCACAUGUAAUAAUAGUGAAAGCUCUGGAAGUGUAUUAGCAUAAUAAGUCUGUUGAAGUAAUUUAUUACAUAAAAUAAUUAUCUUGUUUUCUCUUGUCAAUUAUAGAGUACCACUGGAAGUAAUUCAAAUGCCAAGGGUCCUGUGAUUACACGAGUAAUGAGAGUUAUUGAAUCACCAGGACAUCCCGUACGUUGAGGCCUAUGUUCUAUUUAUAUAAUACAAGGUUAUUGUUAGGUGAGGGGGGCAUUUACUGGGUUUCACAACAUAUGUGAAGUGUUGUGCCAGAAUUACUCUCCCUGCAAAUGUCCUGUAUUUCUUUUGUUUCAUUAAGUAUGAUAGGGAUGUUAGCAUAGUGGCAUUAUAAACAUUAUGCAAAGGUAAUAGGAGACCUUAGACUGUAUCCAGGCUAGUCAGAAUGAAAGGUGACUUUCAUGGGUUGGUGCUAUUGGUUUAUUACUUUUUUCCUUUUGGGGUUCUUAAAAUUGCAGGUGCAACUUAUCUACAGUAACAUAAUAAUCAACAGCAAUUAAAAAAAAAAUGCCAUCUACGUAUCCACGUGUCCCUGGAUAAGGCAUAGGCAUUUUGAGUGAAGCAUUAGCCCAGCGUCAUUCAAGGUUAGGCAAUGGCCCCCAGGCGGCACCAGGGCCCUCCUGUUUUGCAUGUAUGAUGUCAGCUGGAACCCAGAGUCAGCUUGACACAAUAUGUACUUUAGCUGAGGGGUGUGCGCUUCAACUUAGGGGCAUGAACACUUUCAUUGAUCUAUUGAUUUUUUUUUAUUUGAAUAUGGUAAUUUCAUUUGAUACAAAACUUCUUUACUUGAAAGCCAAAUUGACAAAGAAGUGUUUUGACACUUCAGGGAUUUAUGGCCAUCUUUAAAAACAGUUCAAGUGGGUUAACCUUUUUCCUUUUGCUUUAGUAUACUAUAAAACAAUGAUGAAUGUUUGGCAUCUCUUGCCUUGAACCACACUUUGUUCAGAAUCUUUACCUGAACCACUAAGAGGAUUUUAUUUUCUGUCAUGAAGCCCACAAUAAUACAAUUAUUGGUUUGCCUGUAACUUGCUGUUAUUAAUUUGAAUUCACCCAGCAGAUUUACGAUAAAGAAGGAUGCAAAUGAGCAACUCUUACCAAUAAUGUGACGUCAAAAGCACAUAAUGCAUGACAAAUUAGAAUAAGCUGAUGUCACGUCUUAGCUUCAAUGCAACCAUAGGGUGGAGAGAUAAAUAAGUUUAGAGAGCAAAGUGACUAAACGUGGCAACCAAACUGGAACAUAAACUUAAUUUUCAUUUGUAUUUGCAUCUCGUUAGGGAGCAGUUGGAGCAGUAGGACCAAAGGGAUUUAAAGGUGACAGAGGAAGAAAGGUCAGGGAAUUGUUUAAACAAAUAGUGAAAGAACAGAUAUAGCUCUUCAUGUAUUUUGUGGAAAUAGUCACUUUAGAAUACUGACUACUGACACCUGAAAUAAUUAAGCUUCAGCAAAUUCUUCCAGCUGUUAAUUUUUUUUUAACAAGUUGUCUGUCUUGUCAGGGCCCACUUGGCAUACGUGGAAAACAUGGUGCCCAUGGCCCUCCAGGUGAGAAGGUAAGCAAGGCUUUUAAAAAAAGACCUUAAAUUAAUUGACGUCUACCUCUAGUCUGUCAAUAGUGUAAAUGUGAUUAUUUGUCAAUCAUUCUUGAUUUCCCUGACUUCCUAUGUGACCCCAGAGGUGGCAAGAAUUGCUCAUCUCAAAGCCACAUUAUUAACAAGGCAGGAAAUUCUCACCUCUUCAAGCUAUAUCAGCUUGCCUAAAAGCAACCUAGCAGAUGGAAAGAGGUUGGGAGGGGGGGGGGGAAUAUUGCACAAAUUGAAUAGGGGGUAUCCCUUCCCCCCACCUCUCCCAGGCCUCUAGGAUAAUGCAUGUGUUCCCCUCAAACUAAAAAAAACUAGUAAAAUAUUAGUUUUAAUUGUAAGAAUGGCAAAAGUAAGGUAAAAGAUAACUAAUUGUGACAAUUAGUCAGUCUCUUAUACUUUUCCAGUUAGAAAAUAGUUCAUGCUUUCUGCAGGGCACUCUUGGACUUAAAGGAGACCCUGGAUUUGUUGGACAUCAGGUAAAGAUAGGUAGAUGGUAUGUUGUAAUACCAGACCCAUCAAUUCUAGUAAAAAUAUAAGUAGUACUUGUUUUUGAUGUUUCUUGAAAUUAUUGCUGUGUCUUGCAAAUAAAACAAAAGUAUAAAGACAGAUAGUCUAAUGGAGCUAUCAAAAGAAGGUACACCUGUUAUUUUUUUCUUAUAGUACAGUCGAACCAUCACUAACGGCCACUUUUUUGUCUCGGCGAACAGUCCAUACAUUGACUCUUGUUUUAACCUCUCUAUAACAGCCACCUCUCUACAACGGCAACUGCCACUAAAGUGCGUCCCCAGACGCCAUAAUAGGCUGAUUUAGCAACAGAACGGGAAGGUCAGUUGAAGACGGCGCGCGCAAAUCAAACAACUUGCUUGACCAAUGGCAGAGCGGCAAAUUGAGCACCGGAAGUCGUGUUUAGUCCUUUCCGCGCGCUUUCCCGUCGUCAAAUGACGUUCCCGCCCUGUUGCUAAAUCAGCCUAAUUACCUCUCAACAACGGCCAGUUUUUUUCAGCAACCGAUGAAAAAGUCAAGAAUUGAUUCGUAUGGCACGAUGAAGAUUAAUCGCAGCAAUCGUAUUUUGAUUGUGUUCCAUCUAUACUGCUGCAGUAAACAUAAAUUGUCCACAACACUUAUAACGAACGUUGACAACCUUGCUCGUUUUGUUUAUUUUUGACAUUUUGAUUCAAAACAUCAAGUUUGUUUGUGUAUUUUAUUUGCGUUAUCAUUAUGGGAUACAGUAAGCAAGAACUUGACCCAACAAAUAAAUCGUACUUCCCUUAAAAAAAAAUUGUCAUAUUACACCCCUGCCUCCCCACAAGUCGGCCACUUUCUUCUGUCCCUAAGGUGGCCGUUGUGGAGAGGUUCGACUGUACUGAGUUUGACAGUCAUGGUACUAUAAGCAUCAAGCGUAUAAAUGUGAGCACAGGUUGCAACCCUGUUUCCUAAGAUAGCAAUUACUAUUUCUUCUGCCCACAAAGUACAACACACUGCAGUUUCACUUAAGUAAAAGUCAGGAUAUGCAUACUCAUGGAAACGUGGGAAUUCCAACGUUAACUUUAACACAGUUGAAGUAAUCAUUUAUUGUUAAUAAAUAUGAACUUAGAAGAACAUCAUACUCUUUAGGGUCGUACUGGAAGGAGAGGCCUAAAGGGACUCCCAGGACCGUUGGUGGGUAUUGAAGGUCUAAAUUCAUAUUUGGUGUGGCAAAACUUUGUACAUUUGCUCAAGUGUUUUUACAUAGAUUAGCUAACCUGUGAUUAAAAAAAAUUGAACUCUCUGCCGUGUAAUUUUUGGUUUUUCCCUUUUCUUUAUUUCAGGGAGAUCCAGGUGAACGAGGCAUGGCUGGACUUCAAGGAGCUGAGGGUGCUCAGGUAUAGGCGCUGUAAAUUCUUGCAGUGUGGAACUUGUCAGUAUACUGUGCAUCCUUUAUAGUGUUUUGUUCUAGAAAAUAGCCAUACGCAUCCAAAUCGUAGAACUGUCAGAUGAUUGGACACAUCCAAACGGAGAAACAUGGUGAGGGUGUUUUCGGCAAUUCAUAUAUACCAGUGCAUGGUCAUCUGAAAACAAAAUACGUGUUUCCCUUUGUUCAGGUGUCAAUAAGUUAGCACUUUACUCUACGACUGCCUGCAGAACAAUGGAAGAGCACAGUUUUCAUUUUUACUCUGCUGUUGAACGUGGCAUCUUAAAUUAAUUGAGAAUAAGUAGCCAUUUCAGCGAACUGCUGUAUUGUGUUUUUAUCAUUGUUUUCAACAGGGUGAAUCAGGCCUGGCUGGUGACCCUGGAGAUCCAGGACCCAUAGUAAGUGUGGAUUCAAUAAUUUUUUUUACUACUUGCAAAAUGUUAUUCCUUUAUUGUCACUUUCUUUUGUGUUAUAGGGUUUUCCGGGUUCCCGCGGACCCAUGGGACUCCCAGGACAAUCAGGAAAACCUGUGAGUACAUAGUGGUUUACUCUUGAAUUAAAAGUGGGCAUAUACCAGUGCCACGUCCUUUCUUUGUAGACAAUAUAGUAAUGCUGUUAUCAACGGAGAUCAUUUAUUUUCCCUGAGAGAAAUUCCUGAGGGCGCCGAGAAAUUCUGGUGUAGCGUUGGGUAGUGUUCAUAAGCAAUCGAGUAUACUGUACUCAUAAAGAUAUAAACAAAUAAAGAAACCAGCUGGGAAGAUACUGCCAGUCAGAGUAAUACCAUUUGGGCUUUUCCAUGUAGUAGAUAAUCAUAAAGGAUGGAUUUCCAGACAACCAAUCUUGAUAAUUGGGGGGUAUGUGUGUGAAAAAUUACAUUUACACUUGAACGUCCGUGCGGAUCCACGUCCGUUUUACAGGUCGGAGAAAAACGCAGAUAAAUAUAUGACGUUGACCCAAAAAUUCCAAUGAAAACACGGAGAAGGAGGAGGGGAAAGAAAGCAAUAGGUAAAUUCGUGUCACUUGUAAACCCCAAAACUCGAAAUUUUACUUUCUGCGCAUCCCCGGACUUCAGAAGCUGAUAUUUAACAUCAGUGACAAAAGAUCGAGAAGUACUUGACUUGUAAACAGCGUUUUGGGUAGUUAUGGAGCGUUUUGGCCUGACGGUCACUAGAAACGAUCCAAUCAGCUUCAAAACGUGGCAAGGGAAGGUUUUGAGAGAAGUCUGGACAAGAUUUGGGUGAAAUCGGCAUUUAUUGCCUCCUCCCAGAACAAUAACGGAAUAAACACACAACGUUUUAUAUUCUACUUAGAGUGAGUAUUAAAUCACUCCUAUUAUUCAAUAAAUGUAAUUGCUUUUAUUUUCUCUAAGGGACCCCAAGGGCCACCAGGUCCUAGAGGAUUUCCUGGACAUGAGGCAAGUGUCAAACUGCAAAUGUAAACUUCAUGGACUGCCUUCUUUUCCCGGCAGUUUAUGGUUGUAUUUCCUAAAUGCCAAUUUUUUUUAGUACCUUCUUUUUUCUUUGCUAUUCGUGAGAAAAUGGGACGUGCAAAAGAAAAUGUACACUCGACACUAAAUGCAAAGCAGAAAUAUAUUUCUAAAUAGUUUCCUAAUUGGUAAUUGAAAAGAAAAAAGGCAUGGAGCAACAGAAUAGCCACCUACUGCAGUCUCCAACGCACGAACUAACCAAUGAGCCAACAAAAUAACUGAAACGGGCUUCUGGUAUCUUUCUGAAGCACGUUGGGGUCAAGGACAACAGGUCGUGUUUAUUGUACGUUUUGAGGGUGAUACCGUAACAAGGCUGACUUAAUAUUCAUAGGCGUAUAUGUGUAACAUUUCUUGUUUUAAAUGUGUAACACUACUAUUAUAUUUUCAUAUAUAGUAGUAGUGUUACAUUUGAGCACAGUGCAUCUACAUGUAUAACCCAGAACCAUCUAAAAUCAAGGCAAUUGUAACAAUUUUUCCUGACUGCUAUCGACGUACCAAUUUAUCAGGGAGAACGUGGACAGCACGGACCCGAAGGGAACCUCGGUAAAAGAGGAGCAAAAGUAAGAAGACAUGUUUCAAUGAUUCUACAGUUUGCUUUACAGUUGUUGUUUUAAGUAAUCGUAAUGUUCCUUAUGCGGCAUUGCACAUUGUCAGACUAUCAAACACCAAAAUACUAUAUAAUUAUGCUGAUGCGAAGUAAGUAAAAUAGCAGAACUUCUGUUGUUUGAAGGUUCAAAAAUAAUGGUUAAUGACAGUCUGAAAUGUUGUUUGUUAUUUAAGAAGGCAUUUAAUCUGUGGUUGUUUGGCUCAGGUGUUUUGUUUUCUUUUUGUUUUUGUUUUGUUUUGUUUUGUUUUUUUGUUUUUUUCGCAAACUGAGCUCUAAAUGGAAAUAUUCAUUUAAGACCUGCCUUCUUGAAAAUAGGUAGCGCAAUUUCAUUAUAACAGGGAGGUUGUGCAACUGCGACGGUCACAGCAGCGAAAACGUCACUUAGAAAUUGUCGUUAUAUGUUAACGUCUUCCGGAAACGUGAAACUACGAAACUUCACCGAACAUAUGUAAAAGUGUGAUAUACGUGAAGAGUUGUUGUUUCCUUAUUAAACCUAUUGUUUUUUGACGUCCUGGUUGCCGCCGUCGUCGUGGUGGUGUAAGUUCUCUAAAAACUGGUAGUAACUACACCAUUGUGUUUAAAUAAUGGAUCGUUACGGUGCUUACUUUGUUGUGUUAUUUUAUGGCUAGGGUACACCCGGUAGUGGUGGUUUCAUUGGAGCAAAAGGCAAAAAGGUAUUUUGUAUACUGCUGAAGUGUAUAACUUAAAUUCGACGAGCCGUAGUGCCUGAAAAACAUCCCUUUUUAUAAAACUGUUUACGAGAUAAAUGUGACUUGUGGUGUGUGCGUUAUUUACGUUGGAGCGAGGUGUUUGUGUGAGCUCUUAUCUUAGAGAUACGGAAGAUACUGAGACCAUAGAAUUUAUGCUACGUUUAGUAAGUCGAGUGUUUUCAACUGGCUGGGCAGUCCAUACGGGUAACGAACCUGGAACCAUGAAAUUAAUGCGGAUGGAGGUAGAAGUCCUGUGGUUCCAGCUUUUUUGUAAAACUAGAACAGAAAAAAUACGUUGAAGUGGAUGUGUCAUUUGUGAGUCCGACCCGUGAAUGAUAGAGGCCUUCUUAAAGGAGGCCAUGCUAGAGCAUUUGGUCACAUAUGCUACGCCUUGUGCCUUGGAUUGGUACUGUUACCGAGCCUGUCAGGCGUGAACGUCUUGAGGGACGAUGUAAUUGACUACAAGCAGAUGAUUUGUUCAUCUACGUUGCUGAGGAAUGGCAACAUGGUGAUAAGCACAACUGUGGUAGAUCUUAAGGAGCAGUACACAUCUUGUCAGGUUUUAUGGUGUUUCUCUACUUUGGAUAUUGAGGGUGGAUAUUGGCAGGCAGAGUUACAGGGGAAUAACAAGAAACUGGAGGGUGUUUUUCCGGAAAGAGGCCCGUGGCAUCGCCGGGCUGAUGACAUCAUUGUUCUUGUUGCUGACAUACAAUGACAUACAAGUCUGGCGUGCGAGGAGACGUUUAUGAAAAAAAAAACAGUUUUGCUCCAAUUUUGAUAUAUCCAGAUGCCAUUAAUACAUAGGUUUUAAAUACACAUGUAAACAAGUCUGGGUUCAUGUCCCAAAGCACGAUCAGAAGAGGCAAAGUAUCGCGUAACAAAAAAUAGAAUGGUUAUUUAUUCUUGUGGUGAUAUAUUACUUUAAGCUAUACCUGAACUUGAUUCAAUACCAGUUUAAAACUGGCUGCAAAUCUUUACAGCAGUAAAGCCUCAGGCACACAAAUUUUUUUCGAAGAAUUUUCAUGAAAACAGAUCCAAGUUCUCACGGAAAGGAAAUGCUUUUGUUUUUGUGAACCAACAUGUCUGCCAUGACGUCAGUUACAAACCAGCCAAAGUGUGCCUGAAAUUUUUUCUAGGCACAUAGCUACCUGAAGAUUACGAUCCAGAAAAUAAGUAGCCACCCCAAAGCUUUGUUUUCAGGUCUUGGUGAGUAUUGAAUUAUACAGCGUCAUGGGCGUGGCUUGUUUUUUUAUGGCCCUGUUCGCUCUACCAAAAAAUUUUUUGUCUUGCAAAAAAACGUGUCAACAAGAAGCCAUUUCUAAGGCGAACGAUCUUUUUCACCUAUCAAAAUUUUCUCAAGUGUCACCAAACUUUCAAAGAUGCCAUCGGAAAGUUUUGGAGGCCUACAGUUUUUUGUCAGGCGACAAAAUCCUUUGUUCCUUGACUGUUAUCCUUCGUCGGGCCAUCUUAUUUUGCCAGCAUGACAGUUAGAGUUUCUUCAAUUGACGUCUGUUUAUACGAGAAAUUUUGCUUGUCUCGAAGGCGAAGACCUAUAAGGUUGCAAAAACAAACUGUUGGUGAUUACAGAAUUUUCUUUAUUUUUUUUGCAAACGCCCAACUCUAUUUUUGGUCGUAGUGCGAACGGGGCCUAUGGUUUUGAUUUUCAUAUUUGUUAACCAUUUGUAUUAUGUUUCCAGGGAGUUCCUGGUGUUAAAGGUGCUAAGGGAGGACAUGGUGAAAAAGGGCAUAAGGUAUUGUAUUACACGGGAUAACAGUUUUCCUAGCAUACUCAAUAGGAUAGGUUUGCUUCUGGCAGUCACGCUAUUGUUCAAAUCUGUGCUUUAUCUACUUGGAACUGCAUUUAACUCAAAAUGACAAAUAAAUGCUAUUAAAAAACAGUUUUCGUGCCUUCAGAGGUGUUCAUCUGAGAUUAAAUUGUGAACUUACUGUGACCUUCAGAAGUAGUGUUCAGAGAGAUGUCUGCCCUUAGUAAGCGUCCACUUAAGAAAUUUGACCACAAGUUUACCAUCAGAUGCAUCAGCAGGAUUGACUACCUUUUUACUGUGUUUACUAGGGUAUUUCUGGUCCGGCUGGAAUAAGAGGUGAACAAGGUUUACCAGGAGCAAGGGUAAGAUCAGUAUAUGAAUUCUUUCUUAGGUUUUUAUUGGUGAGACAAACCAGCGCCCGUUAUAUUAUGAUGUUUAACUGUCAUCGUGUAACUUAAGUCUGUUUUUUUUAUAGGGCCCACCAGGAGAUCCAGGGGGCAAAGGUUCUCCAGGAUUGCUAGGUCACAAGGUACAUCUUGAACUUGAUGUUUAUGCUGUCAUGGAAGCGUACAUAGAAAUAUCUUGUUAAACAAAACGUGAUUUACCUGUCUCAUAACUUCAACCGAAAAAUGCACCUCAAUUCUGCUGUUACACUCAAAGUGUUUUUUUUUUGUCAAAACCUGUAAGGCUUUUAAAAAGACGGUCAGCGUGUUUCAGGUGUGGGUUCUGGGAUAAGUAUCAGUGUUUCAUAACAGGAUCUUCAUUUAUCACGUCGUCAACAUGUGUGCUCACGAACUAAAGCCAUGCAGCUCUAUGGAGAGCAACCACAAAACUGAGCAGGCUACCUAAAGAAGUUACAAAAACCAUCGCGGCAUAUAAUUAAGCUGUGCGAUAUCACUGAACUAGAUGUUCAAAGGCCGUGGGAGCUCAAAAAUGGAUCAUUUCUGUUAUUGUUGUGUUCGGCAUUGAUACUGAAGGAUUCUCAAAAAGACCUGGUAUCAGCCAGCGUUUAUUCUUUAGUACGUUGUGGCUUCUUAAAGUCUUAGUUUUCAUCUGACUGCUGCCUAAAAUUGUCGCAAAUCGUUACCCACUUGACGAUGCGUUGACAGCCACGUCAUCAAAAGAAAGGUGAUGUGGUAGAGGAAACAACACAACACUCUACUUAACGUACUGGAAAUUACCUUGUGACAAAGUUUCGGUGAUACUCAGACAAUGAUCAAAACACUUUUCAAGGUAAAAUAUGCUUCACUGUUUUACCUUGCGUUAUUAAUUCUAUUCCCCAGCAGCAUUUUGUGUCAUGAAAGAUCUCAAAAUUUAACAUAACUGAUGUCAUUAUUCUAGGGCAUGCCUGGAAAGCCAGGAAGAGCUGGAACACAUGGUCUUAAAGGAACGUUGGUAAGCUGUUAUUCAAAUUCACAGCCUCACUUAGUUGUAUUAAACAAGAUGUGGUGAAACUAAUUACUUUUGGGAUGAUAAUAGGUCUAAUCUCUUAACCUAGUGAGUUAAUAUUAAACGUAGAUUGUGUUUCUAUACGAUUAAAGCUCCCUACUUUUUUACUGUCUAGGGUCCUGUUGGUGAACCUGGAACGUCGGGCCUUAAAGGAAACAAGGGAGAUAAGGUUCAUUUGCUUUACAACGGUUCAAACAAUGUUAGGAAAACACACAGCUACCAUUAUUGACAUGAUGACCAAAUUUGUUUUGUUUUAUUAGGGAGACAUCGGUCGCCGUGGUUUCCGUGGAAGACGUGGAGAAAGAGUACGCUUCUUUUUUAGUAAAAGUAAUAUGAUAAAUUUUUUUCGCUAUAGCCCGACUGAGAGAAGUACCAAGAGACUGCGUGGAGAAAGAAUGUAAAGACAAAAUGCAUGGUAUAGAUUGAGUGCAAAAUGAAAAUCACUUGCGACUGUUUUGCGCAUUUUUUCACCCGCCUGGUUAAGCGACCCAAUGAUCAGUGAUUCCGUAGAACGUUGCCUUGUUUUCUUUUCUGUUUUUGGUUUUUGGUUAUAUGAAAUGUUUUUAUUUGUCUAUCUCAUAAUUCACCAUUCUAAGAGUUUAAAGGAGUCAAAUGCCUAAAUAUUAGUCUUGUAGAACAUACAUCUUAUGCUUAUGGUUCUUUCACGGGAGAAAGUAAGUAGCGGCAAGUAUAACACUUAGGCUUAUAUGUACUCAUUUCUCGCUGGUUAGGGAGAUCCUGGUAGAAAGGGCCGACAAGGCUACGUGGGAUUACAUGGAGAAAAGGCAAGAACGUUUUACAACUGCAUCCAUUAACUACUGCUGCAUUUUAUAUGAAGUGGAAUACUCAGAAAUAAUUUUCGUUUUGAACAAAAAAAAAAAAUGAAGAACCCGGUUUGUGGCAUAUUUUUAAAUCUGUGGUGCUUUGAAUUUAGGUUUCCAUAGUUUCUUUUUUUCUUAUUUGUAGGGUUCAGAUGGCACCAUUGGAGAGCCUGGUCCACAGGGUCUAAUGGUAUGACAUAUUUGGAAAUAUCUCUAUUUCAUGUCAAAAAUAAUACAGAUUACAUUUGUGUCUCAUUGCGAGCCAUACAGCUGUAGAUACUAUAUAUCAUGUCUACACUUCUAACUGCGCUCACCUUGUAAAAAAAUAGAAAGUCACCUCGUUUUUGCUUACGUUUUGCAUCGCGAUUUUUGUGUUUUGCUAAAAGUCUCGUAAGUAUUCUUGGUCCCGGGGACAUUCUAGUUCUGAUUCUAGUUCUGGCUGUCAGCGUCUUUUUGAAUUAUCUGUAGUGAUGAGAUUUGUUUUUAUUCGAACGCUUGUUUGUUUGGACGCUUUAUAAUUCUUAACUGUCCUUGUGUAAUGGGAUGGUCACAUAUUCGGAAAUAAUAGGCAAUUGUUUUUGGUAAAUAGCCAGUUUACCGAUGGAUGUAAUAUUUGUUUUAGGGAAAGCCUGGUGCUAGAGGGACUCUUGGUGAUCCUGGACCAAGAGGACCUGAGGUAAGAUGGUUUGAAAAACGGUGUAUUUCAUUUCUAUCAAAAUGAACGAGCAUACUGUCUCUGUCCCUAUCAGCCAUGUGCAAGUUGACUUGUUAAAUUUGAUUUGAUAAAUUAAUACUUAAACUUCAAUCGUUUUUUGGUUGUUUUCGUUUCAGGGAUUUAUAGGUCCUAACGGCACAUUUGGUGAGGAAGGAAAACCUGGACCUAGGGUAUGCAUACUUUAACCUUAAAUCUAGAAAGAGAAAUUUACAACUAAAAUGUGAGCAACUGUUAUUAUCGUUAAAGGAUAACGCUAUUUUCGGUAAUUUUUGUAGGGCCUUCAUGGGAAACCUGGUGACCAAGGCCAACAUGGUGCAAAAGGAAGAAAUGUAAGGGCUGUGUUUAUGCGUUUAUGCAAUAUCCCUGUUGAAUAAGUAUAUAUUAGGCUUACAUUGCCAAACAGUUACCAGACUCACUCAUUCACCCAUUUAUUUAAUCUUAUAUUGUCCUUUCUCUUAAGUUACUGUCAUUCCUUCUUUUGAUCAUCAGUCAAUCAUUUCUCUUGUGUUUUGUUCGUUCGCGUAUCCAGGUUCUCCUUUCAUCCCGCCAAUUAUUCACCAUUCUUUUUUUCUCUUUGUAGUCAGUUGCAUAAUCAAAACAGGUGCUAAAUUAUAUUCUUAAUUUGUGAUCUGUAACUGGUUUUUGGUACUUUAAAGGGAGCUACUGGAACCCCUGGACCAGCUGGAGAAGGUGGACCUCAAGGAGAUCAAGUAAUACUUCAUAAGCUGUGUAAUGAUAUUUUACUUUGUAAAUAGCUAAGUAAAUAAAACUUAGUACAUAUUUACCAAAAUGAGUUUCCAAAACACUUUUCAUAAACUUUUGUAACUAUGGCUACUGAUCACAAGUUUGCUCAUCAGGGUGAAGUAGGCGCCAAAGGAUUACAGGGCAAAGUCGGUGAGCAAGGAAAACUGGUUAGUUUAAUUUAUAUUUCGUAGAGCCGCUUCUCAAUGUCUUUUUGUAACAUAACUAUUGUCCAUUUUUUCAAAUUAGAGCUGAAAUAUCAACCUGUAUUAAGGACCUUUAAUGCGUGAAUCACCCUCAUAACAACAGAUUUAUUCAUUAAAAACUUUAGGGACCUAAAAUGUUGAAAAAAAGCCUUCUUAACGCUGGACGAUACCUUAGAAUGAUUGUGUUUAGAGAUAAUGGAACGUUUAAUGUUUUCUUUUUAUCUUUUUAUUGUAACUGAUAGUGAAAAGGUCUUCUUUAUAUCUGUUACAGCACUAUCAUUAAAUACCAUUUUGCCGGUGUCUUUUAAAUAUUUUUUAGAUCAAUACAAUGAUCACGUCUAAUUACUCUGCUGGUUUUUAAAAUAGUUUUUCUGUUGCCAUAUUUUUCCUAAAGGGUGUUGUUGGCCCCUCUGGCGAAACAGGUGCUGAUGGAUUAAUGGUGAGAAAAUAUUUUGAUGAUUGUAGUUAGAUGUCUUAUGUAAAACUGUUUAAUUGCGUCCAUCACUAACUGCACAUCAUUCUUACAACUUCAUCUCAUUCUUCUGCUCUUGCUGACCACUGUUUUAGUUUAUGUAGUGGAAUUGACGCAUUUAGUCAAGUUUCACGUUACUACACCCCCAAAAUUACAUUCAGCUUCGCUUUCCUUUUUCAGCUGUUUAUUUAUCCGAAUAGUUACUUUUGCCAAGUCAAUUAACUGUUAAGUCGUGACAAAAGUAACACCUCUCUAUUCGGCUGCCACACAAGCACAUUUAACAGCUUUCAGUGAAGAAUGGCUUUGUCCGUAAAAUUGUUUUCCUAACAUAAUAGCAGUCUGUGCUUACUUCUGUUGUUGUUGUUGAUCACAAUUUGGUAGAUGUUUCAAAGAAGAAGAAUUUGCGAUUGAAAUCCAAGAACAAACUGUGGCAGCUCUUAUAAGGAGGCAUCGGACUCUUCACUUCUUUUCUCCUUUACUUCUAUCGAUCUUGGUACUUAAUCUGUCUUCACUUGUCUUUCCUAGGGAGAAAAGAAAGAGAAGAGUCCGACUUGCAAAUGCGUAGAGCUUUUGGACUUCGUUACAGGUUUCUAUAAGACAGUUAUAGAAUAGAACUUUAUCUCAGUGUUUUAUCUGAUAGCAUUUUCAAACCGGUAUUUGGGGGGACGCUAUUAAAAAAGUUGAGCACUUCUUAUAAAAAUAAAACAAAAAGUAAAAAAAAAAGAAACGUGAACAUGCAACACAGGAAAUGUAUUUGAUUUGGUAUGUCUCGUUUGACGGUUCUUAUUGACAUAUUUUAUAUAAAUAAUCACGUUCCCUGACAAUUUAGGUAUGGCAUCUUUAUUGAAGAUGUUGAAACGUUUUACUUUUAGACUAGUUAUCACUUUAUAUGAUGUCAAUUUGGGCUAAAUUAUUAAAGAGAAAACUGCCGUACUGUCGUACUCGUAUGUGAAAAGGUAUUCCCUCCUCUCUCAACAUCUUCCCAACUGAAUUCUUUUUCACAUAUUACAAAGCCAGGAGUAUCAACGUUAUAAAGCUUUAGGAAUUGGUCGUUUGAUCUUAGUGUGAGACAUAUUUAUUGCAGGGUCCACGCGGUGAGGAUGGGAGAGAAGGAAGCACAGGCGAUCCCGUAAGUUGCCUUUUACCGCCUUCUACAAAUCUACAAACCCUUUUUGCAAGUUGUAGUAAGGAACUGAGUGAAGUCGUCGAUAUGCCACUCACCUCUAACGUGUUAUUGUCCAAAGUAUUUGCCACUUGCACAUCUCCCAAAACGCACCUUGUUUUGCCCCCCCCCCACUUUUUGCAUAAGCAUUGUUUUCAGUUUCCCCUGGGACGGCUGUAAUACCUAGGAGAAAUGAAAAACAAAGGUUAUGCAAAAUUUAGGGAGGGGGCAGGGGGUGGGCAAACAAGGUAUAUUAUGGGAGAUGUGCAAAUGGCGAUCGAUUUAGUUUAAUUAAAAAAGUGCAAGAAAUAAUUCACGUAACCCUAACAGUUUCUAUGCAAAGUUGCCAGUGGGAAAUGAGGACUGGACUAUCUUAAUGCUUAUUGGCUACAAUAUUUACCUAUACAGACAGAUAGGUAAUUAUUAAAAAAAGUGAUAAAAAUUUUUGUCUCCUUUGCAGGGCAUUAUGGGUCCUCCAGGAUUCGAGGGAAUGAUUGGCGUACCGGGGCCACAGGUAAAGAAAUGCAAUUUAACCCGUUACUUGUAAAUAUGAAUAGACGUUAAGUAAUCCCAUAGACGUCAACAUACUCUUCGAUCAUGUAGACGAAAUCCUCGUCAAACGUUUAAAUAUUGUUGAAAGAUAUCGCACCAGUUUUGUAAUACUGGAAUUAUCAAUAUUGACUUUAGAUCCAUGAUCAUAGGGUCCGCGUGGUCCACUGGGUAAUCCUGGCCUGGCAGGGACUGAUGGAGAUCAGGUUGGUUAUUUUGCUUGUAGCGUUGUUUUUAGUGUUGUUGUGAAGGUUUUUAAGAUUGAAGUUAAAUUAAAUCGUUUCAUACUUUGGGACGAGUACUCUUUUUGCCAGUAAUUCUACAACUAAGCUGACGGAGACCAUAGUAUCACUUUUAGUCACUUUCCUGACCUUGCUGCUCACCCAGUUGUUGCAAUUUUAACGACUACCCUAGAGUCUUAGGACAAUUCUCGUACUUUCUGACGAUGCGUAUCAUUUUGUAGGGCUAUUAUGGACCUAUAGGCUUACCAGGGCCCACAGGGAAUCACGGUGAAGAGGUUUGUGGCUGCUUUAACUUUUUAAUCUUCACCAGCAUGACCGUGCGUAACUAUGACAUUUAUGAUUUUUGUUCUUUAAGGGAGACGAUGGUUUGCCCGGUGCAAAGGGUCCACCUGGGAGUCGAGGGCCAUUUGUAAGUAGCUUUUAUUCAUGGUCUUUCCUUGCAAGGACACCCGGGUUCUCCACCAAAUGUUAAUUAGGGCAAGCGGGGAUGUUUGCUCUAGUUUUCGCGGUAACGGCCUGAUAGAAAAGGUUUUCCCGGAAGCAAGAAUAUAGCGUAGUUAACUUGUAUUACUAUUUGUUAGAAGGUGUGGAAUAAGAGGUAAAAAUGUUAAAUCUACGUCUCUGUUUACACUGUUUAACGGACUUAAAAAUGGUCAUCGCGCUGUAAAAAUUUAACUCUACCUUGAAAUAAGACAAAAGUGUUUUACACGUGUUUUAGGUAAUGCCCAAUAUUCUUAGUUUGUUCCCUUUAACCCCCGAGGUGAAUAUCCUGGAUAUAUUUUUUCUCUAAUUUCUCUAAGUUUUAAUUGUCUUUCAUGUUUUUGUCUCUCUUGAAAGUCGCGCUUCUUGAGGCCGGUAAUAAACAGCUUGCUACAUUUUGUAGCCAUACUUUGAAAUUGUUUUAGCAACUACAAGAGACCGUUACACUGUUGUUGUUUAUAUCAAAGGGUGCACCAGGACCACCAGGGCUAUCAGGAGGGAACGGAACACGGGGAAUUAAGGUAUAUGAAUCAAACUCAAAAUUUGAAAAAUUGGAAAAUAUAAGGGAUUCUAGGUCGAUAUCCGCCCUAGAUUUUUUAAAUGCUUUAACUAAAGUUUUACAGCACGUAAAUCUAUCCUAUAUCAUGUCCAGUAACUAAAUCAUGUGAUACACUGAAGGAAAAUAUCAGUGUCUUUAUUUCCUGCUUGUGCUGGUUUUGUUUCUAAGUCUUUUAAACAAAUAUUUGAAUUUACUGUACUUUUUUGUCAGGGUGAAGCUGGAGCACCAGGUUCCAAAGGCCCUCAAGGAGAACGAGGUUUGAAGGUGAGUUGAUUCUUACUACUCACUAUGGUUUUUGCUACUUGUCUGUACCCCUUUCAACAUUAUAAUAUUGGUGAUCUUUCAGGGUACUGUAGGAAACGUGGGAGUAUCUGGAAAUCAAGGGCAACCUGGAAAAGAGGUAUUUUUGAUGUAAAAUGCUGCAGUGACAUAUUUCCACGCGUGUUAAAAGUCUUACUUUUAUCUUGUUUGGUUUUCUCUCCUUCCCCAGGGUUAUUCUGGUUUGCCAGGCUUAAUGGGCACUCAAGGAAUCCAAGGACAAAAGGUGUCGUGAUAUGUCCUCUGUAAUCCUGCCGUAGAACGUUUCUCCCUAUUCUAUUUUAUCAUUGCAUAGACGCCUAUUAUUUAUUGCUGUGUAGGGUGAAGAUGGUGAUUCUGGACAGUGGGGUGCUACUGGAUUGAAAGGGCCAGAGGUAUGUUGUUUGCUUCCUGUCGUCACCUUCGCGGACAUUUACAAUGCAUUUUACGAAGCAUAAGAGUAGCAGUAGAAUGAAAAACCGAAACGAAGACAACAUUGUGAGAUUAAGGAGUAAUAUUACUCAAACGAAUAAAGAAAUGCGACCCCAGUAUAAUGCUUUAAAGAAUGUGACAAUUCAAUCCUGUAGUCACUUCAAUUAUGUAUUUUCGUCUAUCAAGAUGAGCUUUUUUAAUGUGUCUUUUAUAAUCAUCCCAUUCAGGAUUCGUCGUUUAUUUUGUGGUUUUAUUGGUCUUUGUAUCUUUACAUAGGGAAUGCAAGGCUUGCGAGGACGCCCGGGUCCUGUGGGUGACGCGGGCCCUACGGUCAGUAUCCUAAGUCAACUGUGCAUGUGUGCAUGUACAUGUUGGAAAUGAAAAUGAAAACCAAUUUCGCCAAUAAACAGAGUCCACACCAGAGCAACGAUCUGACUAUUGGGCUCAAAUCCCUCAACUCUUGAGUGAAAGCAAUCACUAGCUUAGUUUGAUAUUUUUCUUGUCUGUUCUCAUCGCUGUAAUCUGAAAAAGCAAAUAAAAACUUUUUUCUUAUGCUUCAGAGUAGUGAGUCCGGACCUCCUGGAGAAAUUGGAGAAGGUGGCGACAUAGGAGAGACGGUAACAUGUCUGAUUCCUUUACCUAAUAAGAACGUUUGCAUGGAGUUAUCAUGCCAGCGAACAAUGCUGGAUAUUAAAUACGACAUUCGUAUUGUAAUUCAUUUAAGUGGAUUGCUUCAACUUUCUCUUUGGUGUCCGGUUUACUUCUUUCAGGGUGAAACUGGAGAGAAAGGAAGAAGAGGCUCAUCUGGAAGCAAAGGGCGAAAGGUUAAUACUUAUGUUGCUACGUAACUUCAGUUAACAGAAUGCAGACCGGUAAAAGUUAGGGGACAUUAGCAAGUUCAGCCUUUUCUAAAAUAGCCCAGCGUUAUAUCGGGCUUGAAUAAUAUUUAUACCUUUUGUGAAAAUUUCGUCUUAUAAUUUUCCUAGGGUCUCAGUGGCGAGAAAGGACAACCUGGUGAGCGUGGCGUCUCUGGAAGAACGGUAAUUAUUAUUUAGAGAAACCUGAAAAUGAAGACAUUUUAAGCUGGCUGGAGUUUCUUAUCGCGGUUUAGUAUGUAAUGUAAUGUAAACAGUUAGAACUGAAGUAUCUGUCUUGUCUGUUUUAAGGCUUUUUUGGGACCUCCAGGGGAAAGAGGAGAAAGAGGCGCUACUGGAGGUCAGGUAAAGUUCUAAUAGCUAUAACUGUAUUUUAAUCUGUUUCUUUUUUAUAUGGGUUGAUUGCAGUUUGCCCUUAUUGUUAUUAUAGGCGAGCAAUAAUUUUUUAUCUUGACAUGUUUGUUUCUUGUUUGCAGGGCUCAGUUGGUGCUCCUGGUCCACCUGGAGAUCGUGGAGUCGUGGGUAUCGGGGUAUGUUUAGUUUUCAUUUGGAUAAACUUGAAGAAAUAUAUAGCAAGGCUUAUUUCAAUCGAUUUCACUUGUAUCUACAGGGUAUUACAGGCAUCCCUGGUGUAGGUGGAAUUAGAGGUGACUCUGGAGAAAAGGUAUUUUUCGUACCCCUUAAGACUACUUAAAUUAUUUUUAAAUACUGACUAUGUCAUUUCGAAUUACCUUAUUCAUGAUGUUCAAAACGAAUUUUAAGGAUAUUUGUAUCUGACAAUUUCUCCCUUACUUUGAGUAAAACUUACUAUUCGUACUAUGUAAUAUUGUUGUUUUGGAGUUGUUCAAAGUGAGGUGUCUAUAUCGUUUAAUAAGUACUCUCCUCUGGGUGUUGACUUUGGAAUGUUAUCCACAUUUUUUUGGUCAUUGCAUUCAUAAAAGAACUUGUUAUUUCAUAUUCAGGGUGCGGGUGGAAAAAAGGGCAAAGAAGGCAAGGAUGGUUCUCCGGGACCUCAGGUAAUAAAGGCUUAGAUUUGUGGAAACCUUCGGAGAAAAGGAAAGCAGGAACUAACAGAGAACAGAGUCUGAAUUACAGAAAAGAUAUAGCAGGAGAUAAUUCCAUCAAUUUCAUUUUGUUUUCCACGUUUAAAUGCUAGCCAUCCUUGUGUCCCCUUUAAAAGUAUGAUAGUUUCCAAGUUUUUAUCCUUCGCAUUGUUUCGAACUCAAUAAAAGUACCCUACGAGACCAAAGUGCAUCAGCUAGAAAAUGUAACUCUGUCGCGGUACCUUAGCUUAAGUAUGAUUUCCGGGAUCGUUUCUAGAUUGAAUAAUAUUUUUUUCCGAAAUUUUUAGCCAGGCGUUUUGCAAACCAAAGGUAUGUUCCUUUUUUGAAUAUAGGAAUCUGUAAUCGUGGGUUGAAAUUGUUACAGGAAUACGAUUGUUGAGUGGCUGACUCACAAAUUUUGAUUAUUGUAGGGUUCUCGUGGACCCAAAGGACAAAGUGGAGCUAUUGGAUUGGAAGGACUUUCGGUAAGAGGAAAUACUUUACAUUGGAACGAACCACGUAUAUAAACCUUCAAUUACCUAAUGAAGAGUAUAUGUUUUUUUUACUUUAAGGGCGGGAAAGGAAACCGUGGUUCGAAAGGAGGUGGUGGAGGGAGAGGCGAAAAGGUAAUAUUUCCUUCUUAACGCAAACCAUAAGAUGGUUAUUUUUGUUAGUCUUAAAUUGAUAAUUCAUCUCCAAGUAACCACUAAGAUGUAAGCUUGACAUUAACUCCUGACAUGUUUUUAGCAUUUUGCAGAGCUGACUUUAGUUUUCAGGACAAAUACUGUUAUUCAAAUUAUAGGGAGAACCAGGUGCCCAAGGUAUUCUUGGAAUCAGUGGCCAGGCAGGACCCAUGGUAUGCAAAGGACCUUGUAUGGUUUAUGGUAAUAUUCGUAAUAAAAAACUGUCUCCAACAGUGUAGUUCUAUUGGCAUCAACAACUAACAGGCUAAUAAAGGAACUUUCUAUUUGAUUAAAGAACGGCCGUUAUUUUAUGUUAGUGUAAUUGAGACCACUUUUCUAACGUUAUUUUGAUAUGCCAGGGAAGCGCUGGUCCACCUGGUGUAAGGGGAUUUCAAGGUUCUCGAGGACCUCAGGUAAUGUAUUUAGAUAUGUAUUUGUUUUCAGACAUUUUCACUCAUUUAUCAUCAAUCCCAGCUCAGCAUCUAUCUUCGGUUCUCACCUAAUCGCUUAUUUGAAAUGCACCUUUUUUAGGGAGGAAAGGGUCUAAUUGGAGAAACUGGAUACCCAGGAAGCGAAGGAGCCGAGGUAGGAACUGCUUCUAAGCGUGGCUUUAAAAUGACUUCUUGUCUACCGUUCAUUUGUGUUAACUGGAACGCUUAACUGACCAACUAAGUCUUUCUCAGCUCAACAAAUCGACUUUUGCCUUCAGUUUAAAUAAUCGCCUAUUUCGUUACCAGGGACUUCCAGGAGAAAAAGGUUCACGAGGAGGGUUUGGCGCGCGGGGAGAUAUGGUGAGUUAUGGUUUGUUAUCUAGCUAUUUUUGAAUAAGGCUGAGUGUGAUACGAAGAAUUUUGUAGAUCGAGGAGGGUGUUUGGAAAAACUAAUGCCGUUUUUUCUAUGGCGCUGAUACUAAAAACAGCUAAGCUGCCCGCGCCGCUGUCUGAGUGAAUUGAAUGAUUGGGCUUUUGACUCAGAGCCCAUUCGGGCUCGAAGAAUAAUUGUUUUACUAAAAUCCAACUAGUUGGUCAAAAUAUCGAGACAAAACAACUUUAGCUAGCAAAACUCGAUUCAGCGGCCAUUGUUUUGGUUUUCAAAGCCGGCGCUUUUCGCUACUAGUGGGCUAUAACAUAUAGCCUCGUAGUUGCUCAGCCAAUCAGAACGUAGCAUUGAUAGUACACCACUAGUUGGAUUUUACUGAAUUGGCAAUAUACAAUCGUUGAUGACAGAGUGACUGACGUCAACGAUUGUCUGUUGCGCGUAUCUUCCAAACUGGUUUGCGCCAGCUGGUUAUAAAGAAUUAAUAGUCGAGGGGUUGAAGCCAAUCAGACUAAGAGGCUGCGAGACAUUUUGAAUGAUAAUGGUUUAGUAUGAUUCCUUUUUCGUUUUUGUAUUUGUCAGUUUAUUCUUGCACUCACAGAUUUUUCCUUGCUCUGGUUUUUAGGGAGAGCGUGGUAGUCCGGGGAAAAAGGGACUAGCUGGAACUCAAGGAAAAAAGGUAAAUUUGAAGAUUCACUCAGCCAGUAUGGAAUUUUCUUCAAUUCCCCUCGAUUCUCCUGCCGUGGAGUGUUUGAAAUAUCAGGUAACUUUUAGCUUUGUAUUUCACAGGGUCCUGUGGGUGGUGAAGGACCUCGGGGAGAGGUGGGCGCUGAAGGAGAAAGGGUAAGCUGUAUUCAUUGUUGUUGAACCAAGUUAAGAGAGCAGGUUUUGUCUUAUCCGCUAUCGACAAUUUGGACCACUCAAUAGAGAGUGUUUAUUUUGUAAUCUUUUCUUUUUGACAAUGGACUGCCCGUCGUUUCUCAGAAACUCGCUUCCUGCUUCAGAUGAACAAUCUAUGUUUCAUUUUGGAUUUUAGGGUGAACCUGGAAUGCGUGGGCGAGAGGGAGACCUGGGCUACAUCGGAGAAGUGGUAAGUUUUUCGAAUGAGCUGGCCUGCUUUGUUGGGUUAUUAUGCUGAUAACAGUAGCAACAGAAACGUAGACAGCUAUUGCCAUCAGUUAAAGUUCGAUUUUGUGGGAAUUAUGCCAAGAAUCUUAUUUUUUUGGUCAAAAACGGUCCAGAAAAGAUGGAAUGUAACUGCGGAACCUAAGCGGUAAAAAAAGUGAAUACGUGAAAACGAUUCAGACCUGAUAGUGGUUGGUGGCCCGACGAGGAAACUGUGAAAAAAAACCCUUUUCCGCGAGUUUAGAAAACAUUUUCGUUCUAAAAAUUGAGUUUCCAAAUUCAAAUUCUCCGAUUAUUUUUUUUAGUCGUAGUCUACGUAAACAUCUUAUGUACUGCGGUGGUGAAACAAACACAAAUUCCAAGUAUACCAGACUGGUUGAGAGCUACGCCUCGUACUUAAACUCAGAACUCAUAAAUGAUGCAUUUAGGGGGGAGCGGAUUGCUUCUUCAAACGAGUCCAAAAACUAAUCGCCUUUCUGAAAUUCUUCAAACCAAUUAAAACAGCCGUGACAUCGUCGAGUCAUACCACGCCAAAUAAGGUUAUGACCCAUUAUAUCAUCCAUAUCAAAACCUGUCAAACCAGUAAAAAUAACCAUAAAAGGAGAACAUAAAAUCACCUUAUCUAAAAUGAAGUGCCCUUUAACGUCAUCCACGUCAAUUUCUUUCACGGAGUAAGCGGUCCACACUAUACUACUAAUGCAGUCACAAAUAUAUGUUAAAAAAGAUUUGAGAUAUCAAACAAAACACUGACUUCUAGCCCAUUGAUUUUUAAGACCUUAAGAGGUGAUUCCUAAUUAUUGUAGACCGGCAUUGCUGUUCGAUGUAUACAUUAUAUAGGCUAAACUGCCAUGUCUAAAAAGCGUAAAAGAGGAUGUUAGCUUGUAGUCUAAAACAACAAAAACCAACAAGUUUUGAAAAAAUGUAAUUAAAUGACGGAGAAACGCUUGCCUAUUAAGCUCUACGAGAUACAUUAUUUGCCAUGAUAUGCAAGAUACAUGACCAUAAUGUUUGAAAAGCUAUUGUGUUAUUCAACAAAGUAGGAGAAGUGUAAAGGAUAACUAAACGUUUCUAAUUACUUGCGCUGAGUUGUUUAAUUUGUCACACUAAUUUCUGUCUUAUUUUCAGGGUUCUACUGGAGACGUGGUAAGUCUUAAAUUCUAUGUUAGGUUGUCGUUUUGAAUAUAAGAACAAACCUGGACUAUAACUGACAUCGAAGGCUAGUGGAAGAAAGCUUAACUCAUUUUUGAACAACUACCAGAUUGGUCAUCCAAAAUGGAGUGGAUUAAUUUAUAUCACAACCCUACACAUUCAGAGACACCCCGGUUUGCUGAUUUUCAAACUAGGCUAUCCAUCAGUAGUGAUGCGUCGGCAUCAUAAUUCGGACUGCACGAUUUUGUAGUUUUUGAAGUUUAGGCUAUCCAUCAGUAGUGAUGCGUCGGCAUCAUAAUUCGGACUGCACGAUUUUGUAGUUUUUGAAGUUUAUUGGAUAGUUUUUUUUGCCACAGGUUUCCUAGACAACAUUACAAUAAUCGAAAUGCGGUGGAAUUAAGGCUUUGUAAAUAAUAUGUAAUGUUGGUGAUGGGUGGUGGUGGGGGGGGGGGGGGCAAAUUGUCUGGCCCGUUAAAUAGAAGCAAUGCCGGAGUCAAUUUUUUUUAGCAAGCGUAUCGAUAUGGCUAGACAAUGUAAGAUUUGCAUCAAUAAGUAUCCCUAGAGAUUUAGUUGUUGUAACUUGUCUUAUGUUUGAGCCAUUGACCGUUAGAGUGGGAGAUGCAGUCGGGAUGUUAAGGUUUUGUCUGGAACCAAUCAGCGUGAACUCGGUCUUGGUCACAUUUAGAGAAAGUUUGAACGCAUCGUCGGCAUCUAUGGUGCCUUUAUUUCAAGGCAACAAGCUGGCAUUUCUAGCCUACCGGUAUAUACAUCCUUCUCCUACCCUCAAAAAAAAACAAAAUCGGGGGAGAGAAAGAGGGUAGUCGUCGUCUUUUUGUCUUUUUUUUUUCUCCUUUACGGGGAGGAUACGGAUGUACACAUGCUAUACAUUUCAAACUAAAACUUAAAAAAAACGUGUAUUAAACUUUAACGCAUAUACUUUUUUCUUUUCAGGGUGAGAAAGGUAUCUCGGUAAGUCGUCGACCUUUAUCUUAGAAUCUGCUUUUUUCUUUGAAUAUUCCUCGCGUACUCAGCCGAAUAUUUGAUAUCUUCGAAUAGUGGAAACUUUGUUAUGUAACUAUUGACGCUUUAAUUUUAUUUUUUGUUAAUUCUGUAUUUGCUUGAUUUCUUUCCAUUCAGGGUGACUCUGGGCUGAAGGUAAUGUUUUGUAUGAUAAACGUGACUUGUUAACAAGGUCGCUUGAUUUUAUUUCUUUUUCUUCCUUCCUUUUGCCGGGAUUUAUCGCGUAAUAAAAUGUUUACGGACAUUUUCAUUCUUGCCAUUCACUAAAGCAGUUUCUUUGUUCUCUGUUUAUUUUACAGGGUUUGAGAGGAAUUUCGGUAAGUCUCCUUCUAUUUUUGCUUAUUUUCUAAACGCGGAAUGCUUUACAAUGCUUAAACCAGCAGUAUAGAGCGCUCAACUCCUACAUGACAUGGUUUGGAACACCAACAUUGCCGCCGUUUUAUUGUUUUAUUGUUUAUUGUUUUAUUGUCAAAUAGGGUGGACGUGAUGUCAUUUGUAAACGCUCUACUUGCCAAGGCCGUGCUAUUUAAAACAAUUGAACACUUACCUACUGGUCCAAGAAAUAUCCGCUUGAAGCUACAGAAGAACACAAAAGAAUAAGCCAUUUGGAACGAACAAAAUGAUAAUCGUGAUCAGAGUUACAUAUUAGAAUUCAGAUUACGUGUAGGCAGCUUGCGCUAGGACCCACCUCUUUUCUUCGUUGUAAUUCUCAAACAAAUGGAGGGCAGGUAGUAAAUCAAACGAACGCAGUUACUAGGCUGUAGUUUAGCGUAUUUUACGUUUGCGCUGCUGCGCUCGAAUGCAAUUGUGUUGAGUAUGCAUAUUUUCAAGAAACUGGUACUUAGCCCGUGCAGAUCGUAAAAAACGCAAACAAACAAACGAACAAAAGACGUUGCAAAAGUCAAGCAAUUUUCGGUUCCCACACAAUACACUAUUCACAACGCUCGAAAACAAAGCGCGAAUGCUAGAACCCCGUGCUAAUGCUCGGGGGACACGAGAAAUACCCAGGCUGGGCGAUAAAGGACCCUUGGGGAGGGAGACAAUCAAUAAGUAGUGGCAAAGCAUUCUCGCUCCACUCAUUCGCAGAUCAGUGCCAAGGACGAAGGCGGAAGGGCCCACCCACCCACCCACCCACGCGCUGAAAAUUCGUGGGGUUAGCCUACUGCCACGUUCUAUUUCCUCUGAAGGCGCUCGAUCAACUCUUCCUUAACUGAAUUUAUUCAACGAGUGCGAAGUGAGAGUGUUGUGUAAUGGGACACUGUUUUCUCCCCAAAGAUACUGUUUGCAAAUGCCCUUAGGCAUAGAGCUUUUUCACUGUCUUGGCCAGCCGCUAUGCAAAUUAUUGCGGCAAAACAGAGAGUUUACAUAAGAAAAGAGUUCAACUCCCAAAGGACUGAUUUGGGGCACCAACAUGACCGCCAUUUUAUUGUUUUGGGACACCAAUAUGGCGAAGCUACGUGACGUCAUGUGAAAACGCUCCAUAUACAGUCCUCCCAGGAGCACUUGAUAUACUCCCGGCUGUUCACACUACCGUGGGUAGCAUAAUAAACCCAUGCGAUAGUUGACAAUACACAUUCAAGAGUAACCUGCGUAGCAGGCACUUGGAAGUAGUGGGCACAAGAAAAAACGGGCGCGCGAGAAGGAGACAUGCGAGGGGAGGGGGAGCUCACCCCUCGCGUGUCUCCCUCGCGCGCGCGUUCUCUCUUUCGCCCACUACUUCGAAGCGCCUGCGACGCAGGCUAAUUCAAGAUAGGCGAGGCGCAGCUUUGCUCCUUUAGAGAAAUCGCUCAGAAAUCAACGUUAUUGUGCGUGAACAAAAAACCUAUCCGAUAUGGUUUUCGUGCCGGCGCAAUUACUCUCCGGUUGAGUGUAGAACUAGCCUCAGCUCAGAUUCACUGAAUCAGUCGGGGGUUCUUCACUGUGUUGUGACCGGAUAAACCCUCUGACGUCUCCUUUAGGGUUUCAUUUAAAAGCUUAACUUGGUAUUGUUCUUACCUAUCUUUAUUUCAUUUGCAGGGUCAAAAUGGGUCUCCGGUAAUUUUCUUUAUAUCAACUGUUUUGGUAGUGUUAGUCUUCGGUGCAGUUAUGUGAUUGAGCACGUAACAUGUGUUUCUAAUUAUGUAUUUUGAUACCUUAGGGUCCUCCAGGAAUUGUGCUCGGACUUAACAGACUUGCACAUUACCAAUCCCUGGACCAGGUUACUUAGAGUAUUUUUCUUUUGCUACUUUUGUUGUUGUUGUUGCAUUUUUCCGAUAUCCGCAGCUGAUUCCAAGUAUUAUGACUCUCUUUCAGUCAGUCCAAAAUCUAAAGACGAUACUCUACAUGUCAUCGUCAGUGGAAAACUACAAAUUUCCUGUUGGUACCAAGGAUAACCCUGCUAUGACUUGUAAAGAACUAAUGGAUAUUGACAACAUUCAAAAUGGUGCGCAUCAUUAAGCUAUGAGACAUCACCAUUUUAAAACAAAUAUUGAUUCUACUGCAUUUUCUAGGCUAGUUCACACGGCACCGGACGAAUUUUCGACUGGUUGACUAUUCGUACGUUUAGGUGUCACACGGAACCAUCUUAACCGCACGAGAAUUUAGACGCUUCAAAGUUCCGUGUCAACAGAGCGAAAAAUAUUGAACGGUCCCGGUCGAAAAUUCGUCCGGUGCGGUGUAAACGUAGGGCUAAUCUAUUCUGUCGUGUCUAAUACAGGUUACUUUUGGAUCGACCCUAACCUUGGUUGCCCUGCUGAUGCAAUUCGAGUCUACUGCAACUUUACUGCUGGCGGAGAGACUUGUGUUCCACCUUCUCGAGAUACGGUAGUUUUCCUUUUUUGUGUCUUUUCGUGCAGCAAUGAACUUGAUAGGGAGCUUAAGCAAUUACGACGACGACGAAGACGACAAAUUCACAAAACAAUAGAUUUAAUGAUCAAAACAACAGCUCUGCACGUGCAUCACGCUACAUAUCUUUGACGUCCACUGCACGAUUACGACUUGAAACCUCCUAAUUUGACGUUUUAUGGAGGACGUGGACAUACGACGACGAAUUUUCCUUCCUCUUUUUGAACUUGAAUAAAAUCCUUGCGAAUUCAACUCCAGGAAAAGUCGCCUACAUUUGACAUAUUGAGCGGGUCCAAACAGACGCGAUUAAGUUUGAAAGAACGCAAAUUCGUUUUUUUAGCGACGUUUUCACUGCCGUCGUCGUCGUCGUUGCUUAAAGUCCCUGUUGACAACUUGACGGCAGUUUUCAUAAUUGUUUUUUUGGUCGAUUUCUACGAGUAAACUUUCUAUGUAGUAAAUACACAAUAAAAUGUACACCAAUAAAUUGGAAAAUUACAAAGAUUGUAAGGUUAAUAAACUCUGAAAACUUCGUUUUCAAGAAACAUGCCAAAUCCUUUUAGCACCCUUUAACUCUCUCAGUUUGUUAUAGCUUAAAGAACUUAUCUUACGAGCAUUGGCAGAAGGAGGCACCGUCAUUAAAGGCGAAAAAGCAUGGCUCAGUAUUAACUCAGGAGUCUUUCUAUGCCUAGAUUCCUAAAAGGUCGUGGCAGAGUAGUCCAGAAGCAUCUUGGAACAGAUUUUCCCGUCUUGAAGAAGGGUUUAAGGUAAUAUAUGUUUGCUACGAGGUAUCUCGUUUUUAGAGGUAUAGUAAUUUAACUUGAUUACGUCAGUCGUUCAGCAGUAUUUUUGAUAAGCUAGGUAGUCCUUGCAAUAGCUAGAGAGUUAUGUGAUUUCCUAGGUGGAACUCAAUGUUCUUUUGUACUGACUAGAACCUUCCUUGGUUCAUUUAUAGAUCAAUUACACGGCCAGUAGAAUUCAGUUCAAUUUCCUGCGACUUCUCAGUACCAGAGUCAGGCAAUCUGUAAGAGUCAAAUGUAAGAGAGUUAUAGUAUGGUUUCACCGUGUCAGUAGAAGUUAUCGUUACUCGUGGAUUUUUCAUGGACGAAAAGGAUUCGAUUUCACACCGAACAGCAACCCGAAGCCAAAAGUCAUGCGUGACUAUUGCCAGGUGACUACAUAGCUACUAACCAUUGCACCCAGGGGCGUUGAUGAAUCCUUUGCUCUCAUUGACAUUAUUGAUAUGGUUGUUUGUUUCUUUUAGUUUUGUUUUUGUACUAUUAGUAGCUUGUUUCGAGCUCUCAGCUUGUGAGAAAAAGCUGUAAACUUAUUUACAUGGUGGGGCGGAUGUUUCACAUCGAUGACGAUGGGGCGAUCACAGAUGUCCACGCUUGCCACAUCAAUGGUCCGACCGACCGUUUUUGACAGAAAUGAAAGACAACUCGCUGUCUAGCUUAUGCAAGUGGUAUCAGUCAAACCCUUACAUCCGAUAAUGACACUACUGUGAUAGAAGGGAAGAUAGUUCAAGCGAUCAUGCACUCGUAAUCUUACUUUGUGAUCGUCCACUUUUCAGCCGACGAGAAUCGUUCCUCAUACCACAAGCUCCAAAAGGGGGGCGACUAACUCUGGGAAAAGUACCAGGCUAAAAUCAGAAAAAAUAGGGAGGAAAUCUAGGGGUGUACUUACCAUUUACAUGGAAAGACCGGAAAUUCCGGUUAGAAAAUCAAAUGGGGUUAGCGCCUUUCCGUUUGGGAGACUUCAGGAAAUAUGGGCUGUGAUUUUUAAUAGGCGAAUAAAUUUGUCUGUUCAGCUGAUUUGGAUAUACGUUUUAGCGGGUCGUUCUCCCACCACGUCAAAUUUUGUAGUUUUAUGUCUAUGCAACAGAUUUUAAGGAGUAAGCAUCCCUGGUCUGGUCUUUCCCACCAGACGACUUGUCCCGCUUAUGAGCUGAGAUGUUGCAAAAGUUUGUUCAAGUUACAUGUUCUCUUUUUUAGCUUACUUUUCAUCCAUGAUUUGAUUUGUACGUUGGUUUGUUGAUAUCUUGAUAUUUGGACAUUUAAACAGCGGGACGAUGGAAAGUGGCGCAGAACGGAGAUCACAUUUGAUAGCGAGAGGGUGGAUGUCCUACCUCUGGAAGAUCUGUCGUUUUUUCAUCGAGCAGUAGGAAACGAACAGUUCGGCGUCAAGAUUGGGCCUGUUUGCUACCGGUGAUCGAAUUGACAAGGUCAUACAUCAAUUAAUCAAAUUGCUUCCAUUUUAGUAAAGCAGGAAUUACAAAGUCGCAGUAUUUAUUUGUUUUGACAUGGAAUGUCCUCCCUGUCUUGUUAUUUUCCUUAGAUAAGUAUUAUCAUAUCAUUAUUGUUAUCAAAACCUAUUUUAUGUUCAGUUGCAAGGUUCCUUGUAUAAAAGUGGAGUUCUUGUUCAUCGAGGGUAGACUCAUUGGCCGUAAAUCACACUAGAGACGGAUUAUCCGUCUAAGGCGGGUUAUGCGUUGGAUAAUUCGCGUCAGACAGAUAAUAGGUCUUAAUUUGAAAGUGGAACGGUUUUAAUUUUGGAAGGACAAUCCGCCUGACUUCAUCCAUCUGUUUUUCCAUCAAUUUUGACGGUUUUGAGGAUGGAUUAUCCGUCUCAGACGCAUAAUCCGUAUCUGGUGUGAAAACGGCCAUUUAUUGGAUAUGCGCAUCCAUCGCCGUCACAUUUGCAUGGUUGAACUAUUUAUUGUUUUUAAGCUUUAAACAACAAAAUAUUCGAAGGUACAAAUGCGAUAGCUAUAUGCGUAUACAGUGCAAGUGAAUCCAACACGGUAAAACGUGGUUUUGAGCACCUGAUCAUGUCAGGAUGUACCUACUGGUCAGCGUGGAACGUUUGUUUUGUUUUAAUAACUAUUUGACUUUCGCUCAGCUUGAGUAACCUCUAGGCACCGAUUUCACGAAGUCAUCCAAAGUAGCCAAAGUCAUAUCUGUAUCCACACGAAUCCGGAUACGCUGAAACCGCAUACUUGAUAUUCACCUAUCCACAGGCUACAGCGAUUUGCAUUUGCUUUCGCGGCAUUUUUUAUUGUUGUUGAAGAUAUAUCGAGCACACUGAAUGGCUAGGCCUGCCCGUAUGUUGUCCCACCAGGCACUUGUUCUCGCUGAACGAACCCCAAAUCGUCUUUGACGAGGUUCAGAACGAAGACGUUUUACACGCCUUCGUGUAAGCCAGUAAGUGACAAACAGGACAUUGUUGUCCGCCAUUUUGAACUCAUUUAAGACUGAACCGAGUUUAUUACGUAGUUGGCUUUAAAAAUAUCCGGUUUUAGUCGUCCACACGAAUUCACCAAUCCGUCGGAUCCAAAAGAAUCCACCCCAGAGGACCGUUUAAAACAUAUGCAGUUUCGGUGUGCGGAUUCACCGGAUUCCUGUGGACGGAAGGCCGAUUCGUAUCAAAAAGUAUUCGGUUUCAAAAGCAUCCGGAUUCGUGUGGACGGGGCCUAAUACUGAUUAGAGUAACGGUCGAAACAUUCAUAGGCCAUGCAUGUUUGACUUAGGAGGUUCUCAUGAACCCUGUCUUUAAAGUCUUUACUAGGGCCUGUUUAUAUGAAUUGAGUUAGCCUGGUUAGCCGGACUUGGGCCCGUUUCUCGAAAGUCCUGAAAACUUUUCGGGCCCGAAAACCUGUCUUAUGCUUGUCGUCUUUGCAUUUAAAAUCAAAGUGAAUGAUACAAUGCAACUAUCAAUUAACCAAGCAAAAUUUGCCGGUUUGCGAGCUAGGAACCAUGCUACUUUUCAACAGGUUUUGAUUCAAAAAUUUGCCUUCGGACCCACAAAGUUACCGAGCCUUUCGAGAAACGGGCCCUGGCCCGCUUUACCGGACUGGCUUGGCACAUGCCUUCUUUCCUCAUAAAAUUUUCGUUGUAUUUAUAUGAGAAGGCGGGCUGGCCCGACCUGCCGAGACCCCGGUUGCUCGAGCCAAGAUCUGAGCUAGCCAGGCCAGCCCAGCUCCUCAUAUAAACACAACGAAAAAUUGAAGAGACAACAAGGUCUGAGCCAAGACAGCCCGGCUAACCGUGCUGGUUCACCUCAUGUAACAGGCCCUAAGCUAGUCAUUUAUAGAGAUAGAACUAUGCAUUGUGUAAAUGUUUUUCCAACAAGCAGUUGACGCGACUGUUGACCUGGAGCUAUUAAAGUAUAUUCGCAUGAAAUAGUUUUUUGUGUCUCGAAAUGCUUUCGCGCUCAUCCAACAUCAUGCUAGGCAGCGAAUGGAUAAAAUGAUACACGAGUAAAUCAGGACAGACAGGUAGUACGACCCGUUUAGUUUUAUAGUACGAAGUAGCGCUGGAAUAUAAAGAACAGUUAUAUCUCCAACUAUAACCAUUGCUACAGCACUCUGCAAAGUAAUAUGUCAAGAAUUUCUAUCAAGAACGGAGUUAAGCUUAUAGCUAAUCAUAGGGAGUGUUCGUCUGACUUUCAAGUCAUUAAAAGCCAUAAUUAAACUUGCUUUUUGUCUCACAGACGGGCUUCGUGUUCACUUUGACCUGUUAAUAGAAGCAAGCCAUGUCCAUUGGGACUUGUUUUUGCACUCGUUGAAAUGCGAGAAGAAACACUACGUUUCAUAAGAGCGUUUUCUUUAAAUAUUUAACAAGUGUACAUGUGGGAUGCAGGAGCAAGAUCCCUGUAUGAGCUUGGCAUUUCCAUUUUCAAAGAUGUCGCGAUGCCGCGUUCAACCGAAUUGUGGUACCCAAGCGGUUUAGAGUCACCAGCGUUUGUAAAAGAGUUAUUCUUCAGAAUCUAUUAACAAUAUUUGUCCCGUUUGUCGAACCUUUCCUCUGACUUUAGACCAAGUACACAUUUUGGCCAUUGCCCACGUUUACACAACCACCAACAUGACAGAGUAAAACUGUGGUAAAAAGGGGUAAAACCGACCCUCUGUCAGAUUUUAAUUACAUUUCAAUUGAGGAAAUCACUUUUUAACUGAGUUCCCACAAGUGUCUAGUCAUUUAUAUGUUAUCCUAAAAAAACUGAACAAAGCAAUACGCAAUGCACAAACUUAACUAUGAACGCUCGCCUACAACAGAAGCGAAACAAAUCGUUAGAGCGGUUUUCACUUGACUGUCGUAAAACCAAAACCAAAGUAAAUACACUAGCCAACCAAAGGGCGUAGUAAAACCAAAACCAAACCAAUUCCUCAAUUACUUUCGACAGUCAAGUGAAAACCGCACUGUUA